UCUGCAUAAGGUUUAGGCAGCCAUCAACGUCUCCCUUUGAAUGAAAAUACUGUAGCUUUAAUAAUACGUUUACGCAGUUUUUAUUUGACUUUCCGAUCUCCAACUAUUUUCGCCAUUUUCUUCUCAACCAACUCGUACAAAAACCUCUACCAAAGCCACCAAAAACCCAGAUUCCAUUUUUAAUUUUAGUUUCCCACUUUUCUAUUCUCCAGCUUCAUAGUUUCUAUUAUACUUUCAAUUGAAAGAAGAUUGUUUCGAUCAGAACCAUGGAGGCAGCAUCUUUAUCUGGAGUUCUUUCCCACACCAACCUUUCUGGUUCCAACCUUAGGAAUUCUGAUUAUAGAUUUUCAAGGUCGAUUCGUAGGGGCAGAUGUGUUGCCUCUGUCUCACGCCAUUCCUCUGAGGGAUCAAAUGAUGUUGAUAAACCUUCGUCUAAAGCCCUUGUCAUCUCAAGUUCUGACUCGAAUACUAAAAAUUACAGCGCUCUCAAAGGAUCCAAUCUCAGCGGUGGCUCAAAUCAGAAAAGGAAUCUGAACUUGCAAACGAAUUGUGCGGUGGGGUUUUGCACUUUUGGUGAAAAUGUUGUAGAAUCUCAUGCACAUGCUGCAGAGGAGAAGCUUGGGGUCCUGCUUUUGAAUCUUGGAGGGCCCGAGACUCUUAACGAUGUUCAACCGUUUCUGUAUAACUUGUUUGCUGAUCCUGAUAUAAUACGGCUGCCUAGGCUGUUUAAGUUUCUUCAACGACCUUUGGCAAAGUUAAUUUCUGUUCUUCGGGCUCCCAAAAGUAAAGAAGGGUAUGCUGCCAUUGGUGGUGGCUCACCUUUGCGUAAAAUAACUGAUGAACAGGCGGAUGCUCUUAGAAUGGCUUUGGAGGCAAAGAAUGUAUGUGCCAAUAUAUAUGUUGGAAUGCGAUAUUGGUACCCAUUCACUGAGGAGGCAAUUGAGCAGAUUAAGCGGGACAGGAUAACAAAACUUGUUGUGCUGCCACUAUAUCCUCAGUUCUCCAUCUCCACAACUGGAUCAAGCGUCCGAGUUCUCCAGAGUAUAUUCAGGGAAGAUGCAUAUCUAUCAAGACUACCUGUUUCUGUCAUUCUUUCAUGGUAUCAACGACAAGGUUAUAUUAGGUCUAUGGCUGACUUGAUUGAGAAAGAGUUGGGGAGAUUUCCAAAGCCUGAAGAGGUCAUGAUAUUCUUUAGUGCUCAUGGGGUGCCCGUCAGUUAUGUUGAGGAUGCUGGAGAUCCGUACAAAGAUCAAAUGGAGGAGUGCAUCUGCUUAAUUAUGCAAGAGUUGAAAGCUAGAGGAAUUGGAAAUGAUCAUAAACUUGCUUACCAGAGUCGAGUUGGGCCUGUGCAAUGGCUGAAGCCCUACACUGAUGAAGUUCUUGUUGAGCUUGGCCAGAAAGGUGUGAAGAGUCUUCUAGCUGUUCCCAUAAGCUUUGUAAGUGAGCACAUAGAGACUCUUGAAGAGAUUGACAUGGAAUAUAAGGACUUAGCUCUUGAAUCUGGUAUCGAGAAUUGGGGUCGUGUGCCUGCUCUUGGUUGCACCUCUUCAUUCAUCACAGAUCUAGCAGAUGCUGUAGUUGAAGCUCUACCAUCAGCAAAAGCCAUGUCAACCUCAAGGGACACCGCUGAAGAAGCUGAAUAUGACCCCUUGAACUACCUUGUCAAACUGUUCCGCGGUUCAAUCUUGGCAUUCAUUUUGCUAUUGACACCAAAGGUGUUACUUGCAUUUAGAAACCAUCUCUUUUAAUGAUGAUUAAAGAAAGCUAACGUUCAUAGAGAAGACAGAGUUAUAUAUAUUAAAGGAGUUGUCCUCCAUUUAGACCUGAAUCUUAGAGACUUGUUUGGGGAUGUGCCCCAAUUCCGGCAUAUAGAAAGCAAAGAUGGGAUUUUUGCAUAAGUGUAACCUUUUGGAACCAAGAUUUUUUUUUUUCUUGGUGGUUUUGCUUAAGUGUAACCAGGGAUAUUUGCUUCCAGUGAAAUAAUAAACUUAAAAUGCAUACUUCGUCGCUGUCGAUUGUUC